AUGGAUUUCACUUCAGCUUUCGAAGAUGUUGAUUCGCCUGCGGAUGUCUUUGUGAGUGGUGCGGCUACACUUGCUGCUGACUCCGACUUCUUAUCAGCAUUUUCUUCUGGGGAAGAAUCGGCAGCUGAAGCCGAGGACAUAUCUGCAUUGCAAGGGGUCCAUGAGGUGAUACAACAGGAAAUUGUGCAAGUAGAAUCCACUCCUCAACAGCUGGUACCGACAAGAGAAGUAGCUGGUGGCCAUCGCAAGUACUCCAUGGCUGGGAGAGUCGGCCGAGGUCGGCACGGAGAGGCGGUGGAGAGAUCGAGCUUAUGUGCACAUAUGAGGUCUGAGAAAAGAGCCAAGAAAUCCUUCAAUGAGAGUGCUGCAAUCGCACAGGCUCUGCAGGAUUCCGUGAUUGUAAAACAGGGAGCAUCUUAUCACUUGUCUGUGAAGCCUGGCGGCGCUUGUGGUAUGAAGGUGAUCUUGAAGAAAGGUCAGACGAAGGGGAAUCGAUUCGUGCGUAAAAUACAUUUCAGUAAAUUUAUCAAAACUUCCUUUGGUAUGAAUACCAAUAACGUGGCAUUGGCAGCAAUGAUGGACAUGGAUGCAUCGACUGUUCCGAGACUACAGAAGACCGUUGCAGGGGUUUUCAUGGCUUCACAAUCCAGAAUGCUCGCCCGCUUGUGUGCCUAUUGCCAGGCCAAUCCUCCAACUUGUUGCCAUCAUCAUGUGAAGUGGGACGAAACGACUGUGUCUACAUCGUUGAAUCCGGGUGGCGAGAGUGCAACUGUGAAGAGUGCAUGGUCUGUGCUGGUGGUCCGAGCCCGGAUGCUAAUAUCCUGGUCUAGUGGAGCGACGGUAUACCUGCGACUUGUGAUGCCGACGAUACCACUCAUGAGUAGUGCUGCAGAUCAGGUAUUCUACGGAUUGGAAUAUCACCCGAGCUUUUUCACAAUCAAUCGUAUGGUCAAGCUGCUUCAGAAAUCUUCAGAGCUUGCAGCUACCCUCCACGAGGUGGACGGGGCAUACUCCAACAUCAGACUCCACCACCACUACCUCGCACAGCCUGCUUUUGACCCCUCAGGGACUCCGAAAGGCAGCUUCCUCGCAUCGGCCCGCUGUCAGUCUCAUGCCACCCAUCUUAUAUCAGUUUCUAUGCUGAGCUUGAUUGGUUCGAAUCUGCUGAACAGAUACUACGGCCUGACUGUAUUCAUGCGGAACUUGGGGUACCUGCUUCGUCUUCAGAUAGCACUCCAACAAUGGCUUCAGGGCCCUCGAGAUCCUUUAGUCCCACCGGACCCACUAAUGAGUGAAACUGUGGACUUUCUGCGAACCUGGCAUCACGGACGUGAUGCCGAUGCGGCCGAUGGUGGUGCUGGGGAGAGUCGUGGGGUUUCGCAGUUCGAGAAGAGGUUGGAGGGUUUCAUGUUUACAUGGAAUGGCAGCUUCUCAGGUUACCCAGUGCAUCAUUGUGACGGGGAUCGUUGUAAGUGCACUGGCAAAGAAGAUGCUGCCAGAAAGAUGGCCAGUUCAUUUAUUGGGUUAUUGCUGACAACGUUGCCUGCUGUCCCUGCACCUAAUAAAUGGACCAAGCUGUUCCCGGCGAGUGAUUUUGUUGGAUUGGGUAUCUUAAUCAACAAUUAUCUCCCGAUAAUCUUCGACCUCGCCUUCAAACCUGUAAUGUUUUCUUCAGAUUUGAAUCACGACGAAGCAGAUCCCAGACUUGUGGAAGGGUUGUUUUUCCAUGCGGUGCAGGGCAAGCGAUAUGAGUCUAGCAAGGAGUUCCUGCAAUGCACGGAUGCACAAUGGUCGUGCAGGUGCUGGCUAUUGGUCUCUGAGCACUUGCGUCGAUUGGUGUUCUUUUGGUUGAGAAACUUGAAGGCCGAUAAGCAGGUUUCGGGGAGAUUUCUGAUCUGUGAGCUGCUGGACAAGCGGACGAGUGUCGUUUGGGCUGUGCUUCAGAAUGUGGCCGUGCAGCUGCUGGACAAGACUGGAGGGGGAAGACUUUGUAUGAUCUGGAAGGUUUCUGAUUGCACAUCAUUUCGGGAUUGGUGUAAGGACUGUCCACAAGAAGUUUCUGCAUUGCGCCGGAUUUUGCUCGCACUUUCGGGGUGGAUUUAUAGAAGGCAUAUUGCAUAUUGGGACGAUUUUCCUUGGAGCCUCGUCCAGUUGGUCGACCCCGCCACCUCAGAUGAUGUCAUCUCAGAAAUUCAGCAACGAUGGGAUCUGUCAGGAAGCUGCUGUGUGCCUGCAGGCUGGGCACGUUCUCUCAAGAAUCAGGGCAUCGACAGCUCGGCUUUGUGCACGGAGCCGAAGUGGCAAAUGCUUCUGUCAGGAUUUGGAAGAUUGUUGCAGAUGACGAUAGCCGAUGUUGAAUGUAAACAUGCACUCUCACGACAUUGGAGUGAUCGUCCCUACCCAACCUUGACAGCCAAGCAUAUCAAUGCGGAGGCCAAGGCUUCAGUGCAUGAGGCUUGCGAUCAGUUGAAGGCUUUGAGAUUGAAGUCUGCAUGCUGUGCACCCCCUGCUGCUGCCCACCAACUUGUGUCUUUCCAUCAGAAGCAAAUUCGAGCUAAGAGUGCAUAUAUGUUCUUCCGUGAUGAUUUGUUGCAGACUGCCACCUCUUCGUUGAAUCCGUGCAGCAAAGACUUUUGGUCGGAUUUGCGGCGACGAUGGGAUGCUCUUUCAGCUGAACAAAGGGCUUUCUAUGAAGAGAAGGCAGAGCAAAGCAAGCUCCUUUGCAAUCAGCAGCGGCAACAACAGCGGGCUAGGUGGUCUAUCAAGGUCAUUGUGGCACAUUCUGCAGGUUGUAGCCCAAUGCGGGCAGGGCUCUGUGUGCACCAAUCCUCUCAGAUUUUCAUUCUCACCGAUGCGAAAGGUGCAGAGACGGAAGAUGGGCUUGUGCGGGUGACUCUGAGAUCAGGUCCACCUCUAGGCUCCCAGCUACCCUGGUGUUCGCAAGCUUUGCAGCAUGGCCCGUUGGUGCAUGAAACAGAGCAGUCCUUUGCCAAGUCAUUGCUCCAUGCCGCACAUGAUGUCGAAGGCGAGUUCGUGACCAUUACGAAAAUGUCCUUUCAGAAUGUUGAUUUGUGCAGGGUAGACGUGACCGGAGCAUGCGAGGGUUGCCGAGAGAUCGUGGUCAACUAUUUGUUGUCAGAUGCCCAGCAGCAGCCAGAUCGGAUUCCACCAGGGGCUGCGGCACCCGUGGCACCGGUGCUUCCUGAUGCUGCCCCUGCACCUGGUUUCGACUUGCUUGCAGAAGUGUUGCACGGUCCAUCUCGUGCCCGGGGUCGGGGAAGGGGGCGGGGACGUGGCCGCCACACGUCGUCUCAGCUACGUCAGGGGUUGAUUGCUUCACUGCCUUUCGAUCACUCUUCUGUGCAGGAUGAGUUGGAAUCUGAACUGCAGUCUCUCUUGCAGCAACAUAAUGUCAAUACUGAGCUUGGCCCCGAAGCAGCAGCAGCAGAGCAUGGCGAUGGUACUUCUAAUAGUGUGGACAGAUUAUUGGAGGACCCGGUCUUGUCUGCUUCCCUGCCCGAAUCCUUUCGUGAAUCUCUUCAGCAAGCAGUGAACAUUUGUCGUGAAGCGGAUGAGUGCCCCCAUGCUGCCCAUGCUGUUUUCAAUGAGUCUGACGACGAGCAAGUCCAGGGAGAAAGCCUGGAGGAGGAUGCAGCUGAUGAUGCAUCUGACAGAGAAGCUGAGGAGACUAG